AUGACAUUUGACGGAACAUACCGUCGAAUCAAUACUCUUGCUUAUCUCAACCAUCCAGUCUUCCCAGUUGCGAUAUCAAGUAUUGCGAUCGAUUGCUUUAGGUAUCGGUACCCAGAGGACAAAACACUAGACUACUUUAUUGGUCAUUUGCGAUUUAUGCUUAACAAGAAUAUUCCACUGGUUUUACAGGGAAUUUACACUGUGAGAGAUCUGCUGGAGUUAAUACGAAGAUCCGCUUUGGAAGAAGUCAAAGGGUUUUGGAGGGAUCCAGCAUCAUUGGUAUUAGUCCUGAAGAAACCUGUACUAUCAGAAACGGGGACUGUGUAUCUAUCCAUUGGCGUUGCACCGACACCCGUUUGGAAGACUACUAAGGAACGGGACGGUAUACAUGAUUGGAGAAAGUACUAA